AUGACGAACGACAGUGUUAAGAUUGUGAUCCCGUAUCGACUACAGUGGGAACUGGAUGAUUCACUACCCUUAUGGAAGGAGUUGGAGGAUAAGCACGGUGUGGAGUUUAUCAGGUAUAAGAUGACAACCGCGGAUGAGUUCAGAAAGUGGUUAAGGGGCUCUGAACUUAGCGCGGUUUGGAUCACUGAAGAGUUCUGUAGUAUUCUUGGUGGACCCAGUGAGUUUUUAAAUGACUUCCCGUCUACUUUAAAGGCCGUGUUGGUUCCCUGGGUUGGGAUAGACUACGUGCUAAACAAAGAACAGUGCGCUUUGCUACGGAAGGAGAGAGAUGUCAACGUUGUCAACGUGGGCCCGAAUGCCGCCAAUUCAGUAUGUGAGAUGGCUCUUUACUUGGUGCUGAGUGUGUUUAGAAUGACGUCGUUUUGGGAAUAUUUGAUCAAGUUUGUUGAGUUUGGGAAAGUGAUGAACUGUAGAGAUUAUCUGGGAACGGAGAUAGACGACGUUGAGGACUUGCAACUUAUCUGCAAGAACGGUUCUGAAAAGAUAAUAAACCACUAUCAAUUCCCCAAGAAAUUGAAGCCCUCUGAAGAUGGAGAGAUUGUGGAUGUUGUUCAAAAAUUUCAAAUAGGUGGGAAAAAGAUUGUAUCCCCCAUGGGGAAAACCGCUUUGCUGCUUGGGUUUGGAUCUAUUGGUCAAACCAUUGCCAAGAAACUGCAUUUAGCGUUUGACAUGAAGAUCCAGUACCAUAAGAGAUCUGGGCCGCUAAGUGAGGAGCAACUGGGUUUCAAAGCUGAGUUUGUUCCCGACUUGGAAGACGCGAAGUCCUGGAGUGAGGCGGACAUUAUUGUCAUGGCUUUACCUGGUAACGCCACUACAGACGAUAUAAUCAACUACAAGACGCUUGCUAUGUGCAAAGAUGGUGUCCGCGUGGUCAAUGUUGGUAGAGGUAGUUGUAUUGACGAGGACGCAUUGUUGAGGGCGUUAAAGAGUGGUAAAGUUGCGAGCUGUGGUCUGGACGUCUUCAAGAACGAGUCUACCUCCAUCCGGAAAGAUUUCAUACAAAGAUGGGAUGUCACUGCGUUGCCACAUAUGGGGAGUGCUGUUAUGGAUAUGAUGUCUUUGCAAACGUUGAUCACUUUACAGAAUGCGGAGGAUAUUUUUGUUAAAGGUGGUAAAGGUGUUUACCCAGUAAACUGA